AUGGCUCAGUCGAACAUGCUCCCCGUGGCUGAUGUGUUGAGUCAAGAUGAACUGCGCAAAAAGCUAUACCAGACAUUUAAGGAUCGGGGUAUACUGGACACGCUCAAGAUACAACUUCGCAACCAGCUAAUUCAUGAGCUGAUGCAGCCUGUAUUGAGUGGAGAACUGCAAACUCGGUCCAUUUCAGUGCAAGGGAGCUCCCUCUUAAUAAGUGCCUCUAACUCUUUAGUGGCAGAUCACUUACAAAGAUGCGGCUAUGAAUAUUCACUUUCUGUUUUCUUUCCAGAAAGUGGUUUGGCAAAAGAAAAGGUAUUUACUAUGCAGGAUCUAUUACAACUCAUUAAAAUCAACCCUACUUCCAUUCUCUACAAAUCACUGGUUUCAGGAUCUGAUAAAGAAAACCAAAAAGGUUUUCUUAUGUAUUUUUUAAAAGAAUUGGCAGAAUAUCAUCAAGCUAAAGAGAGUUGUAAUAGGGAAACUCAGACAAGUUUGACAUUUAGCAGAGAUUCUCUGGCUGAGAAGCUUCAGCUUAUUGAUGAUCAGUUUGCAGAUGCUUACCCUCAGCGUGUCAAGUUCGAGUCUUUAGAAAUAAAACUAAAUGAAUAUAAGAGAGAAAUAGAAGAGCAACUUCGGGCAGAAAUAUGCCAAAAAUUGAAGUUUUUUAAAGAUACUGAGAUAGCAAAAAUUAAAAUGGAAGCGAAAAAAAAGUAUGAGAAGGAAUUAGCCGUGUUCCAGAAUGAUUUUGAGAAAGCUUGUCAAGCAAAAUCUGAAGCCCUCGUUAUUCGGGAAAAGAGUACCCUUGAGAGAAUUCAAAAGCACCAAGAGAUUGAAACAAAAGAGAUUUAUGCUCAAAGGCAACUUUUACUAAAAGAUAUGGAUUUGCUAAGAGGAAGAGAAGCAGAGCUGAAGCAAAGAGUUGAAGCUUUUGAACUGUAUCAACUUGAACUAAAGGAUGACUACAUCAUUAGAACUAAUCGACUGACUGAAGAUGAAAGGAAGAAUAAAGAAAAAGCAGUUCAUUUGCAAGAGGAGCUCAUAGCUUUUAAUUCAAAAAAGGAAGAACUCAAUCAAUCUGUAAAUCGCAUAAAAGAACUUGAGCUUGAGUUAGAGUCUGUCAAAGCCCAGUCUUUGGCAAUAACAAAACAAAACCAUAUGCUGAAUGAAAAGGUUAAAGUGAUGAGUGAUUAUUCACUACUAAAAGAAGAGAGACUGGAGCUUCUGGCACAAAAUAAAUUACUUAAACAACAACUGGAAGAGAGUAGAAAUGAAAACUUGCGUCUCCUAAACCGCCUCGCUCAGCCAGCUCCUGAACUUGUGGUCUUUCAGAAACAACUACAGAAAGCAGAAAAGGCAAUAGUGGUUGAGCAUGAGGAGUUCGAAAGCCGCAGGCAAGCUCUGCACAAACAACUGCAAGAUGAAAUUGAGCAUACUGCACAGCUGAAGGCCCAGAUACUAGGUUACAAAGCUUCCGUAAAGAGGUUAACUAUUCAGGUUGCCGAUUUAAAAUUGCAACUGAAGCAAACUCAGACAGCCCUAGAGAAUGAAGUGUACUGCAAUCCAAAGCAGUCUGUGAUCCAUCAUUCUGCCAAUGGAUUAAUAAAUGACAACAUGGUGCUUCACAAUGGUGAGAUAUGUGGGGACUUCUUGAGCAAUCCUUUUAAACAGGAAAAUGUUCUAGCAGGUAUGGUUGCAUCAAGGAUCACAAAUUAUCCAAAUACAGGGAUGGAGGGUAGUUCCCCUGAUUCUGACCUUCAGUUUGUCGCCAAUACUAAUGCAAGGGUCAAAGAGCUUCAGCAAGAGGCCGAACGCCUGGAAAAGGCUUUCAGAAGUUACCAUCGGAGAGAUAUUAAAAACUCUGCCACAGGCCCACUACCAGCAAAGAGCCCACCAUCUCUGCACUUGCUGGAAGCCUUCAAAAACAUUACUUCCAGUUCCCCGGAAAGACAUAUUUUUGCAGAGGACAGAGUGGUCUCUGAGCAGCCUCAAGUGGGCACACUUAAAGAAGAAAGGAAUGACAUCUUGGAAGCACUGACAGGCAGUGCAGCCUCAAGGCUACGUGGGGGCACUUCCUCCAGACGCCUCUCCUCCACAUCCCUUCCAGAAGCAAAAAGAAGCCUUGAAAGUGAAAUAUAUCUGGAAGGUCUGCACAGAUCACACAUUGCUUCCCCCAGUCCUUGUACUGACAGAAUGCCCCUGUCAUCACCCACUGAGUCUAGGCACAACUUCUCCAUCCCUCCCUUCUCCAGCCCUCCGAGGCAGAAAGCUGGUCAUUAUCAGAGACAAAAUGAACUUCAAGACAAAAGUGAAUUUUCAGAUGUGGACAAGCUAGCUUUUAAGGAUAAUGAGGAAUUUGAAUCAUCUUUUGAAUAUGCAGGGAACAUGCCAAGGCAGUUUGAAAUGGAUGAGCCCUCUCCUGCCGGGGAUAUGCUUCAUAUGGGUGCUGCUGCAGCUGCUGUUCCCCUCUCAUAUCAGCACCCAAAUGUAGAUCAGAAACAAACUGAAGAACAAAAGGAAGAAGAAAAAAUAUGGGAACAGCAAGUGAAAGAACGAAAGCAGAGAGAAGAAAGAAGGCAGAGUAACCUACAAGAAAUUUUAGAAAGGGAACGAAGAGAACUAGAAAAACUGUAUCAGGAAAGGAGGAUGACUGAAGAAUCACUGAAGAUUGAAAUGGAAAAUGAAUUAGAAAUGGCAAAUGAAUUAGAAAUGAGUAAUCAAGAAAUGAAAGACAAAUCUGCUCACAGUGAAAAUCCUUUAGAGAAAUACAUCAAAAUAAUCCAGCAGGAGCAAGACCAGGAGUCGGCAGGUAAGAGCUCAAAAAUGAUGGUCCAGGAAGGCUCCCUACUGGACACACUGCAAUCUAGUGACAAAGUCGAAAGUUUAACAGGCUUUUCUCAUGAAGAACCAGAUGACUCUUGGUAA